AUGGCUGAAAUACUGAUUUCAGUUGCACUUUUUCUCUUCAUAUAUCUACUCAGCUAUUACAUCUAUAAAACAUAUUUCUAUGUCGCAUCCAUUAAACCAGCAAAAUUAAAAAAUAAACGUGUAAUCAUAACUGGAGCAUCGCGUGGCAUCGGCGAAGAAUUAGCUUAUGAGUAUGCACGUUAUAAUUGUCGUAUAGUAUUAGCUGCACGUAGCAUUGAUAUAUUAAAGAAUAAAGUCGCAGAGCAAUGUCGUUCACUGGGUGCAGCUCAAGUUGAAUGCGUCGAAUUCGAUGCAUCAAAAGAACAAGCAUGCAUUGAACUUAUUAAGCAAACAGUAAAAUAUUAUCAAGGUAUUGAUAUCCUUGUACUUAAUCAUACUGCAGCAAUUUAUGAACCAUUUUUCGACAGUGAUAUUAAAACUAAUAUAGAAAAUAUGAAAAAUCUUAUGAAUGUAAAUUUUUUUGGAUAUUUCAAUACGACAAUGGCGGCGCUUCCGUAUUUAGAUGGCAGCGGAACUGACGGGCAACCGUCUCAAAUUAUUGCUGUAUCCUCAUUAGCUGGCACUUGUCCAUUUCCUCAAACGACUAUUUAUGGUACAACUAAACAUGCAGUUCAAGGUUUCUUUUUGAAUCUUUCUCGUGAACUUCGUAUAUGUGAAGCAUAUCAAAAUCGUGUUACAACUACUGUAGCCAUGCUUGGAUUAAUUGGCACUGACGAGGCACUUAAAAAAACCAACAAAAAUAUUCAUUGUUUAGCUGCUGAUGUUCGUAAAACUGCUCAAGCAAUUAUAGCUGCUGGUAUUUACGGGCAAACUCGUUUGUUUUAUCCAUAUGUUUUUGGAAUCGUUCCACCGCUCUAUCAGAUAUUUUCUUCUAUAUUUGAAUUUUUCGGUCGUAUAUGCAGUUGA